UUUGGCAUCCUCGCUCCGAUCUCAAAUCUGCUGUUGCCCUCUAUUCUCUAGCUGUCCCCUGCCAAGCGUAUACAUCUCUCAUAACUAAUACCCGACGUGUUCGAGGCAUUGUUAUUUCUUGUCGCGUCCCAAAUAGGCUUGAAGGAGAACCUAGUUGGUGAACUUUGAGACUUUCGGGUUCCGCUUCCGAUUCCUAUCCACUCCUCCCUUUUAGGAGCAAGCACCUGGUGGUGUCAUUUCCUGGUACUGCAAUUCUUUAUCUCUUACGGUAGUAUGCUUAGGCCCCUGGUCUUAUAACCUAUACCUCCCCCCGUCGCUUAAGCAAGCCUCACCCGUUAAACCUCGUCAUUAGGAGACGCUUAAGUUCCUUGGACCUUGACAGUGUCAAGAAAAUAAAAAUUGUCGACGCGUCCUACUUUCUUUUUCUUUUCAUGGUUGUCGUUACUAUUUGGCUUUGACACUCCAGAGUUCAGGACUAAUGGUUGUCUCCUCUAUGCAGCAUCAUCCCCACCACUCGCAGGGUCCGGCGCCUCCCCAGCACCUACAGCAUCCUCGGCCCUCGAGUAUCGUUCACCAGCAGCAUCACCAGGCGCCGCAGCAGCAGCCGUCGCAACACCCUUCCGCGUACUCGUCAACACAUUCGAUCCAGCCAGCUUACCAGCAAACUGGACACGCACCGAGUGCUCAACACGCGCAAGAUCUGCCUUACUACGCUCACCAGAGCCCUUACAGCACUCCAGGCACAACGAGCGGAUAUACAUCCGCAGACACCUCCGAUAUGAUGGCCGCAGCUCAAAUGCCUAGACCAUACCCUCCGAUGUCUUAUCAUACGCCCCAAUCGAAUUCGCCAGCUUCUGUCGCGUCGCCGUCAGGUCACGAACAACACCGAAGUCUCUAUGGUCAGCCAACAUCGCAGCUCCAGCCUCAAUCUAUGUACUAUGGCGCGCAACAACCACAAUACUCGUCUCUGCCGCCGCAAGCGCCCUCUCCGUACCAACAACACGCUCAACAGCCACAUCAACCCAUGGCCUCACAGCCAAACAUGAUGAUGUCUCACACGGGCCCGCAGCAUCAGAUGACGCAGCAUGCGAGCCAACACGCGCAACCUGGGAUGACGGGAAGCCCUCGGCAUACUAAGAUGGAGCCUCAGAUGUCUUCGCAACUACAACGGCCCACGCCCGGACCAUUAGGAACUUCCCAGCCAACUCAAAACGGUGGACAAUUAUCAACUCCUACCGGGUCAUCAACACCUGGUGUUAAUAAUAAUGCAGCACCGGGGCCGAUUCCAGCGACUACUCCUCUGGUCGUGAGGCAAGAUAAUAACGGUGUGCAGUGGAUUGCCUUCGAAUAUUCCCGCGACAGGGUAAAGAUGGAAUAUACGAUUCGCUGUGAUGUUGAGUCUGUAAACACCGACGAACUUAGCAGCGAGUUUAAGACGGAAAACUGUGUUUAUCCUAGAGCAUGCUGUCCCAAAGACCAGUACAGAGGGAAUCGGUUGCAGUAUGAGACUGAAUGCAACACGGUUGGUUGGGCAUUGGCUCAGCUCAAUCCGUGCCUCCGCGGGAAGAGGGGACUUAUUCAGAGAGCUGUCGACAGCUGGCGGAAUAGCAAUCAAGACCCUCGGUUGCGAAGUCGACGCGUGCGUCGAAUGGCCAAGAUGAACAAUCGCAAGGCGGUUCAGACUCCCCACUCCACACACAUGUCCGGUCCCAGUGGUCCGGCAGGGAUGUCAACCCCUGGGGCCAUUGGCCCUGGUGGCGGUACGCCCAUGGGGAAACCUGGGAUGAGUAACAUGGGUCCGCAGAUGCACCAUCACCACGCCCACGAAGGAGGUGCUCAGGGUGGAGGAGAUGAAGUCGGGGAUGGAGAGUAUGUGGAUGGAUCUCAUCAUCACCAUCAUCAAGCACCCACCGGGCCGGGAUCUAGAAACCAAGACGACGUCCGUCCGGCUCAAGUUUUUACUGGCUAUCCCCAACAGUACCCUAGCCAUCCCGUCUCGGGAUCGUCCAUGCCGCCGAUCCAUGAUGGACUUGGCGGUUCUCACCACAACACUAUCGUAGCUCGACGCAUGAGCAGAGAUGAUGACAAAAACCCGGAAGGCUUGUUUCCUGAUAUCCCCGAUGCUAAGAAACGAAAGUUCAUACUGGUUGAGGAUAACAAACGCAACUCUCGCCUUCGUGUACGCGUCACCCUUGAAGAUGUGAACCCUAAAGAGAUACCCGAUUCAUUUCGCAAAAGUUCGGCUGUAUUCCCACGCAGUUAUUUCCCGCGCGAAAUGCAAAGCCCGCCUCCGAGCGCCACCGGUAGUCAAUUCUUCGAAGAUGACCUCAGUGACGAUAACGUCGAAGUUGACGGCGGGCGAUCUAGACGUGCCCGUAGGGGAAAUGUAAGAGAACGGGUCAUGGUGAAAGCCCCAAUGUCUGAUGGGAACGAGGCCGAGGUUGCUAUACCGAGGAUCAAAAGAGGCACGCGCAUAAAGGAAGUACGACUCAACGACCUGGCUUACCGCAUGGCGUGGAUGCAUAGCCGUGUGUUUGCGGGCAGGACCGUCUUCCUACAGCGAGCACUUGACUGUUACCGUAACAAGACUUGCACCGCAAUCGAAGGCAUGGCGCAAGACAUGAAGACCAUGGUGCCCCACUACGAAACCCGAGUUGGCAAGCGAAGAUGGGGUGAGCGAAUGCGUCGUGGCGAGAAGCGAGAUGACGAGUCUUAGUUUGAGAUAUCUUGCCUUCUGUCGGCUCCGUGUAGGUGGCCAUUAACGAACAAAUACCCGCUGCUCGUCACCCUUUGUUUAAAGCUCCUCUUCUACGUCUACGUCUCAAACGCGUCG